AGAAGACUUGAAAAUUCUUCGGUCCCCAAAUCCCUUCUUCUAUUUCCUCGGCUUUCCUUCUCCUCCCAAAGCCCCCGUCUCCAUUUCCAUCGAUACUCUCCCCAGAUUUCUCUCACCAAUCCCAAUUCCAAGCCAUAGGAAAGCGGAAUUCGUAAUGAUUUCCUCGUCUGGGUUUCCUUCCAUUGACUAGCUCUAGAGAGAGAGGGAGAGAGGGGGGGAGAUGGUGAGAAGGAGGCUGAAGAGGUUCUGUACCAAGGAUGCAGUGGAGUUCUUGAAUCAUAUGAUGAAGGACAAGCCUUUGCUGCCGUUCUUGAUCCCGCUGGGGCUGUUUGCCUGGGCUAUUGAGCGUUGGCUUGUGCCUUUCUCCAACUGGGUGCCCCUGGCUGCAGCUGUGUGGGCGACUAUCCAGUAUGGGAGGUUUCAACGCCAGCUACUUGUAGAAGAUUUAAAUAGAAGAUGGCAGCAGCUUGUAUUGAGCACAUCUCCCAUAACUCCAUUAGAGCCUUGUGAAUGGCUAAACAAGCUUUUGAUGGAGAUCUGGCCCAAUUUUAUGGAACCAAAACUUUCAAAAAAGUUUUCUUCAAUCGUAGAGAGUCGCUUAAAAAACCGGAAACCAAAGUUGAUAGAAAAGAUAGAACUGCAGGAAUUUUCACUCGGUUCGUGUCCACCCAUCUUGGGACGGCAGGGAACACACUGGAUUACUUCAGGUGACCAGCAAGUCAUGCGUUUGGGUUUCGAUUGGGAUACUAACGAAAUGAGUGUAAUGAUGCUAGCAAAAUUGGCAAAGCCAUUGAUGGGGACUGGCCGCAUUGUCAUUAACCAUAUUCACAUUAAGGGAGAUCUCCUCUUAAGACCAAUACUUGAUGGGCAAGCAGUGCUUUAUUCAUUUGAGUCUACUCCUGAGGUUAGAUUAGGUGUUGCAUUUGGAAGCGGUGGAAGCCAAACACUUCCGGCUACAGAAUUACCCGGUGUUUCAAACUGGCUGGUAAAGCUUUGUACGGAAACCAUAGUUAAAAGGAUGGUCGAGCCUCGCCGUCAGUGUUUUUCUUUGCCACCAGUUGAUCUAAGGAAGAAAGCUGUUGGAGGUGUUCUUUCAGUCACCGUGAUUUCAGCUAGUAAUAUGGGUAGGCAAAGCAUGAAAAACAACAACUCAGAAACUAGACAGAGCUCAACAGUAAGCUGUCAGUUGUCAGGGAACUCUGGAAAUAAAGUUUUGCAGACAUUGAUUGAAGUAGAACUCGGUGAUUUGACGAGAAGAACAGAUGUUGGUCAAGGUUUGAAUCCUAGGUGGGGCAGUACUUUUAAUAUGGUAUUACAUGAGGAUGCUGGAAUUCUCAAAUUUAAUCUUUAUGAAUGGGAUCCAAGCAGUGUGAAGUUAAACUACUUGACCAGCUGUGAGAUAAAGAUGAAAUAUGUUGCAGAUGACUCUACAACAUUUUGGGCUAUAGGACAUGGAUGUGGUGUUGUGGCAAAACAAGCUGAGCAUUGUGGAAAAGAAGUUGAGAUGGUUGUUCCUUUUGAGGAAGUUGAUUUAGGGGAGCUGACCGUGAGUCUUGUACUAAAAGAAUGGCAAUUUUCGGAUGGUUCAAUUAGCUUAAGUCACUACGUAAGCGGUAUAUCUCAACCAUCGUUAUCUGGUUCGCCCAACCUCCAGUUAAGGACAGGAAGGAAACUCAAGGUAACAGUGGCGGAAGGAAGAAAUUUAACUACAAAAGAUAAAUCUGGAAAAUGUGAUCCUUAUGUAAAGCUUCAGUAUGGCAAGGUUAUCUAUAGAACAAAAACAAUGCCUCAUACUUCAAAUCCAGAGUGGGACCACACAUUUGAGUUUGAUGAAAUAGGAGGCAGUGAGUAUCUCAAGAUCAAGUGUUAUAGUGCAGAUUUGUUUGGUGAUGACAUUAUUGGAAGUGCACGAGUAAAUCUGGAAGGAAUUCCAGAUGCUUCCUACAGGGAAGUCUGGAUUCCCCUUGAAAAAGCGAAUUCAGGAGAGGUGAGGCUCCAGAUAGAAGCAGUAAAGAAUGAUGACCAUGAAGGAUUGAAGAAUUCAGCAACCAGAUAUGGAUUUGGCUGUAUUGAGCUAGUCCUUAUUGAAGCUAAGGACCUUGUUGCAGCUGAUCUGAGGGGAACAAGCGAUCCUUUUGUAAGGGUGCAAUAUGGGAACAUGAAGAGACAAACUAAGAUUGUUUACAGAACACUGAAUCCUCGAUGGAACCAGACUCUAGAGUUUCCCGAUACUGGCAGCCCCUUGAUUUUGCAUGUUAAGGAUCACAAUGCUGUACUCCCCACAAGAAGUAUAGGUCAUUGCAUUGUUGAAUAUGAAAGGCUUCCUCCAAAUCAAACAGCUGACAGAUGGAUACCUCUCCAAGGAGUUAAGAGUGGAGAGAUCCAUGUACAGAUAACACGAAGGAUUCCCGAACUACCAAAGAAAUCCAGCUUGGAUACAAAUGUUUCUGCAUUAAGCAAAGCACAUGCAUUGUCUGCACAGAUCAGAAAGAUCCUGAAGAAGUUGCAAAAUUUAGUUGGCGAUGGUGAUCUUGAGGGCCUGUCACUGGCUUUAAGUGAAGUAGAAAGCACUGAAGACGCGCAGGAAGAGUACCUGCUUCAGCUUGAAAGGGAGAAGGAAUUGCUGAUACAUAAGAUAAGUGAACUUGGAAGAGAAAUUAGUAGAACAUCAUCGGCUCCGAGCAAGAUGACAUAUUGAGAUUGUGCGAGCGUUCCCACUGAUUUUGUCAGCAAGCCCUUGCAUCCACGCCUGCCCCAUGCAUGAUAUCAUACUCUGUGAUUGUGACAUUUUUAUGACAAGUGACAUGUAUUAGUUUACUAAAAAUAAAUUGAAGUUGUAUAGCUGCUUAAAGCAUACGUGGCAACUAAAUUUUAUUUUUUCGGGUUCGCAAGGGAGUGAAACAGCGAAAGGCAUUUUCAUCGAC